UCUCUCUCUCUCUCUCUCUCUCUCUCUCUCUCUCUCACUGCUGGCUUUUUAUAUUUUUUUUUUGCUAUGAUCAGACCAACAAAAACCAUCUGGUUCAGCGUCUGAACAAGGGUUUUCUGGGCAUUUAAUCUCGCAGAGCUUUCACCAUGUGAGUCAAUACCUUUGUGUUGCUCUCGCGAUAUCAAUUUAAAGAAUUUGAGAAGAGAUUCAAUGAAGAUGGCGAGAGAGAAAAUAAAGAUAAAGAAGAUAGACAACUUGACGGCAAGGCAGGUGACAUUCUCGAAGAGGAGGAGAGGGCUGAUCAAGAAGGCUGAGGAGCUCUCCGUUCUGUGUGACGCUGAUGUGUCCCUCAUCAUCUUCUCAUCCACUGGCAAGCUCUAUGAUUUCUCCAGCUCCAGUACGGAGGAUACACUAACGAGGUAUUAUGCUCUCCACUCCAAUAAAGUUGAGAAACCGGUCCAACCAUUUCUUGCACUCGAGAUAGGGAACACCAAUCUCGAAAUGUUGCGCAAGGAAGUGUAUGAUAAGGCUCAUAAACUGAGGCAGAUGAAGGGAGAGGAUCUGGAGGGGUUAAACAUGGAGGAAUUGGGGCAAUUAGAGAAGAAACUCGAGGCAGGACUGAGCCUCGUGAUCAAGGCUGAGGAAGAGCGAGCGUGGAACGAGAUCAACGAACUGCAGAGAAAGAAAGCACAGUUGAUUAAAGAGAACCAGCAACUGAAACAGAAAAUGAAGAUGACUUUACAUCAAGGGAAAUUGGUGACCGUGAACUCGGAGUUGGUUAACAACGUUUCCAUCGGCAGCAAUAGCAUUCCUUCUCUGGAUGAUGAUAGCCCUAAUCCCUCAACUUAGGGCUUCCUUUCUGAAGCUGAAGUCCCAGACAGGAGACAGCAAACUGGUACAUUUUCCUGCAGGCAAACAACAAAUUAUUGAAGCCAAUGACUACGAUAAUAAAAAUAAAGGAUUGAAGCUUUUGAUUGCAAAAAACUAUUAUUGAAGACUUUUAGUUAGUGCAUAUAUCUAGUUAAUAACAAUAACGUAUUGUACUAUAUUCUCUUGCUUGGUUGCUCUAGACAACAACAUCGAUACAAUGAUGUACUAUUGAAUGCGGACAUCUAUCGAUA